AUGCCUCGAUUUUCGAACAAGGUUGCAAUUAUUACUGGUUCUUCAAAUGGAAUCGGUAGAGCGACUGCUAUUAUUCUGGCAAAAGAUGGUGCAAAAGUAACAAUUACUGGAAGAAAUGCUGAACGGCUUGAAGAAACAAAACAACAAAUUAUUGAGGCAGGAAUUGAUUCCAAAAACAUCAAUUCAAUUGUGGGAGAUCUAACAUCUAUUGAGAUUCAAGAUAAACUCAUCAACACAACCAUUCAAAAAUUCGGCCAAAUUGAUAUUCUCAUUAACAAUGCCGGUGCUGCAAUUAUUGACCCAACAGGAAGUACUGGAAUUGAUCAAAAUGUCUCGAUUUACGACAAAACUUUUGAAUUAAACGUGAGAAGUAUUAUCGAGUUAACUCAAAAAGCGAAGGCACAUUUGAUUGCAUCAAAAGGGGAGAUUAUAAGUGUAUCAAGUAUUGCAUCUGGACCUGAAGCAGUGAGUUUUCCUUCAUGUUUCUCGGCAGAAAAAAUUAAUAAUAAUUCUAGCAUUCUCAAUUUCCCUAUUACUCAAUGUCCAAAGCUGCAUUAGAUCAAUUCACAAGAAACAUCGCAAUCGAAUUAGUCAAAAGUGGAGUUCGUGUAAAUUGCGUGAAUCCUGGAUUAGUAAAAACUGGAAUCAUUCAAGCAACCGGUGCUCCCACUGAAGUAUCAGAUAAACUCUACGAAUUUCUUGGUUCGAAUCCCGAUUGUGUUCCAAUUGGUCGAGUUGGUCAACCAGAAGAUAUUGCAAAUCUAAUCGCAUUUUUGGCUGAUAGAUCAGCCUCAUUUUACAUAAUCGGUCAAACAAUUAAAGCUGAUGGUGGAUCAUCAUUAAUGUUGGCUAUGAAUACUCAUAAUUUGACAGAUUUUCUGAAAUAA